AUGAAGAUCAGGAAACUUGCAGUAGUAAAACAAGCUCUUGAGACCAUGCAAGAAACAACAAGCGAACGAGAGUCUUUACUAGCGUUGCAAUCAGAAUUAGAAGAACUUAUUAAACUUACGCGAGAAAGCUUAGAUGUUCAAAAAAGUAAAACUGACGAGCCUAAACCAGAUAAUGACAAUAAUUCCAAUGAACUGGAUGACGAAUAUGCUUUAUUUAUGAAAGAAAUGGCUGAAACUGGGGUGUAUGAUAAUAAUAAACAGACUCAAAGUAAGCCUGAAAGCAGUGGUCAUGACGGAAGUGAUGAUAACAACAGUGAUAUAGAGGAUGAGUUGUCUUCUCUGCUUGGUAUGAAAUGUGCUGUUUACCAUACACAUACAUGGGGUGGGCAACCUAGCCUUCAUAAUGCAAUGGUGAGCUCUGUAGUUCCCCGGCAAGAUGAUGACCAAUUCAAUGAUCUUCAGGUUAAAAUAUUAUUUACUCAUCCAACACAUGCUGAAAUGUUACCAUGUCCAUUUUACUUGAAUGGUGAUUGCAAGUUCAGUGAUGAUCAAUGUAGGUAUUCCCAUGGUGCAGUAGUAAAAUUAUCAGAAUUAAAGGAAGCCAUUGAACCUAAUUAUAAUAAUAUUAAAAUGGGUAGUAGAAUUCUAUUAAAGUUAAAGCCACCGGAUGAUGAGGACAUGAGUACAGCCAAAAAAUCAACUGAAAAAUACCAUUUAUGGCAUAGAGCAAUAGUUUUAGGUGUAGAUUUAGAGAAGAGAUCUUGUGUGGUUAGAUUGGAACAUGGUGUCAAAACAGGGGAAAAAAGGAAAUCCAUACUGGAUGAACAUCAUGUAAUGUUUGAAGAAAUAUUUCCACUAAGUAUUGAUGAUGACGAAGAUACAGAUUCCGAUGACAGUUUGAGCGACACUGAAUAUCCUCAGAGCAAAACAAUGCGAACCGAUUGUAAUAACAAAGCUUUAAUAAUAGAAAAGAGUUUACAGAAUAAUGCACCAGCAAUGGGCGACUGGGAGCGACACACUAGAGGCAUGGGUUCUAAGAUAAUGUUGUCAAUGGGCUACGUCCCGGGCACAGGGCUGGGCGCUGCCAGCGAUGGUCGCUUAAAGCCCGUAGAGGCGCGCUCCGUCCCCGCAGGCAGGAGCCUCGACCACUGCAUGGAGUUGUCUGAAAAACUUGCUGGAAGGGAUCCAUUGAAGGUGGAGCAAAAACUAAAAAGAUUACAAAAGAAAGAGGAGGAACGCAAUAAGCGAGCUUAUGAAAGAGAACUAGAAAGGGAGAAGAGAAAUGUGUUUAAUUUUCUAAACAGCACUUUGGGAGAUAAGCCAGAGAAACAACAACUAACUGGUGCAACACCUUUAGAUAUUAAGCAGUCUACUAGUAAAGAUUUAAAUAUAGAGAAGUUUAAGUUGGAGGAAGAUUGUAAAAAGAUUGAAAACGAAAUCAUGAAGCUACAAAAUACCUUACCCAAAUACCCACAAGGCACGAAUGGGUAUAGAAGUAUUAGUGUGCAAAUAGUCGAGAAAAAUAAAGAACUAAAUUUGUUACGAAACAAAGAAAAACAAAUUGUCAAAGAACAAAAGCAAAGAAAGGAUACACAAAAGAUGACUGUAUUUUAAUAAUUAUUACCAUAUUCUAGUAAUAAAUUUAUUUAAAUAUU